UAUAGCUACAGCUUCAAGGUCCAUGUAUGUUUCCAAACAGGUGAACGCCAUGAACGCCCAUACAGUUGUGAUGUCUGUCAGAAGAAGUUCACGAGAAGUGGCAACUUAAUGAAUCACUUGGCAGUGCAUGUUGGUGAGUGUCCGUACAGCUGUGAUGUCUGCCACAAGACAUUCAAGCAAAAUGUGAGCCUGAUGCGACACCAGCAACUGCAUGCAAGUAGGUGCCAGGGAGCAGUUAGCAAACCCCCUAGCAGCAGUAACUGUGGCAGCAGCAGCAACAGCAGCAGGUCCAACAGCAGGGCUGCUAACACUGCCCUCACCUGGAAGGUCUACAGAUGCAGUUUCAAUGGCUGCCACAAAGCGUAUGGCAAGAGUUCGCAUCUGAAGGCCCAUCUUCGGAUACACACAGGGGAACGGCCAUUUUCGUGCACGUGGUCUGGUUGUGGCAGGAGGUUCACCCGCUCGGACGAGCUGACGCGCCACUCUGUCACCCACACUGGCGAGAGGAACUUCUGCUGCCCAAUCUGUGACAAGAAGUUUGUGCGCAGUGACCACUUGAGCAAACAUGUCCGCAGGCAUCAAACUUACGACCCGUCAGAACUGCGAUGGCGACUACCACCUCAAAAGGCGUGCACCAUCAAUUCCACUGACAGUACACCAUCUGAGGUGCUGUUUGAUGGAGUGCCAUCACCCUAGCAUCUUCCGUGUGCUGCAAACCUUCUCUGAAGUAUUUUAGAAGUUUAUAAGUUUGCAGUGACUAAAAUGUGACUGGGGAUGUAGACUUAGAGUCCUCCAAAAACUUUAAUAACGCUCAUUUUACCCUAAAAAAGUGGAAAAUCCAGUAUGGAAUGUAACAAUA